AACCCUGCGUCGCACGGCUUGAAAGGUGGCAAACAAAAGGAAAAUGCAAGCGUUUGAAUGGAUCAACGCGCAAGCAAAAAGCAUCAAAACACAACGGACAUCACAAACGAUUGGACGUAAAAACUCGGUGUUUUUUUUAGUUAAACAAAGUGCAAACCAAGUACAUCAGUAUAAAGUGACUCAUCUUCUGUGAGAUCCUCAAAACAGCGCGUAUUUCGGCAUACUCAACACCAAGUCCUUUAUUGUAUCAUUAGACACGGUGCAGCAAAUCAUUUCGCAACAAUGAACAUAUCUGAGGAUCAAGUGGGUACAACAAACGAUAUAACUGACGCUUUCGGUUCGCUUGGUGCGCCUUCACCUUCGAGUAGCAGCGGCUAUUAUGCUGGCGCUAGUGGCGGUAGUGGUGCUUCGGGCAGUGGCGCUAUAGGACAGCUUGCAAAUGGUUAUGGCAGCAGUUACCACAGCUACACCGCCCGCAUGGUCACUGAUCGACACGCAGCGGAAUAUAAUAUGCGUCAUAAGAAUCGUGGAAUGGCACUUGUUUUCAAUCACGAAAAUUUCGAGGUACCCACGUUGAAGUCUCGCGCAGGCACCAAUGUCGACUGUGACAAUUUGUCGCGCGUGCUCAAGCAGCUGGACUUCGAUGUGAAAGUAUUCAAAGACUGCAGCUUAAAACAGUUGAAGCAACAUAUAGAAUGGGCUGCACAACAAGAUCAUAGGGACAACGAUUGCAUUUUGGUUGCUAUACUCUCACAUGGUGAACUUGGCUAUAUUUACGCAAAGGAUGUGCAAUACAAAUUGGAUCAAAUAUGGGCUUACUUUACACCGCAGCACUGCCCUAGCUUGGGAGGCAAACCCAAACUCUUCUUCAUACAGGCCUGCCAAGGUGAUCGACUCGAUCCAGGUGUGACUAUGAAGCGGGCAAGCCGUACCGAAACCGACGGGGAGUCGUCCAUGAGCUAUAAAAUCCCGUUGCAUGCUGAUUUCUUGAUUGCUUACUCAACUAUACCAGGAUUCUACUCGUGGCGCAAUACGACUCGCGGCUCCUGGUUUAUGCAGUCACUAUGUGCCGAGUUGGCAGCCAAUGGUAAACGCCUAGAUAUACUAACAUUAUUAACGUUCGUGUGCCAACGUGUUGCAGUUGACUUCGAGUCUUGCACUCCAGACAAUCCAGAAAUGCAUCAGCAAAAGCAAAUUCCAUGCAUUACCACAAUGUUAACGCGAAUUUUGCGUUUCAGUGAUAAAACAGCAUUGCGUUAAAUGCAAUAGUUCUUCUAUAAAUCUAUUUAUAUACAUAUAUAUUAUGUCAACGAACAAAUCCAGCGAACGAGAACUUAUAAGUAAUUUCGACGUCACUUCAGAUUUUAGUCUUAAGUGAUAUUCAAAUUUUAUAUUUAAUUGCUAUUGGGCAUUUGGUAUUUUUCAUCAAUUUAUUCUUUUAGUAUAAUUAACCUUCAUGAAGAUUAUAAACGAACAUGCAUUUAAGUGCUACUAUAUGCUCAUGUCAAUUUCUCCUUGUAUUCUCCGUCCCCUAAAUCAAUAAUUUGGGUGUCGUUUCAAACGGAACUAAGUAUUGCAUAUAGUAAGCACCUUUUAAGUGCUGAUAGAAGUAGUUUAGAUAUUUUUAUACUUGUAUGACGUAUAAUGUCCAAAUUUUGCAUUUCUACUUUUGUAGUCAAGUUUUAUCCCCAUAUGCGUAUCUACAUACAUAUGAGAAAGUCUGCCAUGUACUAUAUUUGUAAGUCCCAUUACAAAUAAACGCAUUUUUUAACAUCAA